UUAGUUUUUCUCCAAUGGCCGAUCCCAUGACCACCCAAACCUCCUUAGCUUUGCCUCCUUUCUCCACCCCUCCACCGAAAUAUGAGGUGUUCCUCAGUUUUAGAGGCUUCGACACUCGAAAAGGUUUUACUGACAAUUUGUACAAGGCCUUGAUUCACUACGGAAUCCACACUUUCAUGGAUGCUGAACAGCUCGAAAGUGGAGAACCCGUUUCAACGGAACUCUUCAAAGCAACUGAAGAAUCGGAAAUAUCAGUCAUCAUUCUUUCAACAAACUAUGCAACCUCCACAUGGUGUCUGAAUGAACUUGUCACUAUGGUUGAACUUGCGGAAAACAACGAGUCCAGACUGAUUUUGCCUGUGUUCUGUGGCGUGACGCCAUCCGAAGCACGAAAACAGAUUGGAGUUCAUUUUGAAGAGGGGUUUGCUCAACAUAAAAAAGAUUUCGAAGGAGAGCCAGGAAAGCUGGCAAGGUGGAAGAAAUCUCUCACCGAAAUCGCCAACCUCUCAGGAUAUGAUAUAAGAAAUUACAGAAACGAGACAAUGGUGAUUGAAAAGAUAGUUGAACGUAUUUUUGGUGUUUUGAUUAACACAUUCUCAAAUGAUUUAAAGGACUUUGUUGGUAUGGAUCGUGUAAACGAAAUUAAAUCCAACAUGAGUCGUAUAGGGACUGAUGAAGUUCGUGUAAUAGGGAUUUGUGGGAUGCCAGGGAUUGGUAAGAGUACCAUUGCAAAAGCUCUUUCUCAAAGAAUUCGCAAUCAAUUCGAUGCUUUCAGUUUCAUUUCUAAGGUUGGAGAGAUAUCUAGAAAAAAGAGUUUAUUUCAUAUCAAAGAACAACUUUGUGAUCACUUGUUGAAUAAGCAAGUGACUACAAAGAAUGUUGAUGAUGUGAUACGUAAGAGAUUGUGCAACAAACGGGUGCUUAUAGUUCUCGACAACGUGGAGGAAUUUGAACAAAUAGAUGCUGUAGCUGGAAAUGAUGGUGCAGAAUUAUCUAGUCGGUUUGGUAAGGGUAGUAAAAUCAUCAUUACCACAGCAUAUGAAAGGUUGUUGAUAAAUUAUAAUCCAAAAAUAUACACAAUAGAGAAACUUACUCAAGAUGAAUCUCUUCUUCUCUUCUGCCGGAAAGCAUUCAAAAAAGACCAUCCUAUGGAUGGUUAUGAGAAGUUGUGUUACGAAUUUCUGGAUUACGCUGAUGGUCUUCCUCUGGCUCUUGAAGUUUUCGGUAACUCCUUACUGAACAGAAGUGUAGAAGAUUGGUCUAGUAGAUUGGCUUCUUUAAAAGAUGAUAACUACUCUGGUAAGAACAAAAUUGUUAAUUAUCUUAAAGCAAGUUUUGAUGGAUUAGAGAAUCAAGAACAGCGGGAAAUAUUUUUGGACAUUGCGUGUUUCUUCAAAGGCGAGGAUGCAUGCCGUGUAGAAAAGAUAUUUGAAAGUUGUGGCUACUAUCCAGGCAUCAAUAUAAACAUACUCUGUGAAAAAUAUUUAGUGAGUAUCGUAGGAGGAAAAUUAUGGAUGCACAAUUUACUACAACAAAUGGGCAGAGAAGUUGUUCGUGGAGAAUCCAAAAAGGAAGGAGAACGCAGCAGAUUGUGGCUUCAUACAGAUGCCAUUAAUGUACUGAAGGGAAAUAAGGGGACAGAUGAUGUUCAAGGUAUUUUCCUAAGCUUGCCUCAUCCAGACAAAGUACACUUGAAGAAAGACCCAUUCUCAAACAUGGACAAUCUAAGAUUGUUGAAGAUUUACAAUGUGGAAUUUUCUGGAUGCCUUGAAUAUCUUUCAGAUGAGUUGAGCUUCUUGGAAUGGCACAAAUAUCCUUUAAAAUCUCUGCCUUCAAGUUUUGAACCCGAUAAACUUGUUGAACUGAACUUGUCUGAAAGCGAAAUAGAGCAAUUAUGGGAGGAAAUGGAGAGGCCUUUGGAAAAGUUGUUGAUACUCAACCUAAGUGAUUGUCAAAAGUUGAUCAAGACCCCUGACUUCGACAAAGUCCCGAACCUUGAGCAGCUAAUCCUUAAAGGUUGUACAAGCUUGUUUGAGGUUCCUGACAUUAUCAACUUAAGAUCCCUCACAAAUUUCAUUCUUUCGGGAUGUUCCAAACUCGAAAAGCUUCCAGAGAUUGGUGAAGACAUGAAACAAUUAAGGAAACUUCAUUUAGAUGGGACAGCAAUAGAAGAGCUACCAACAUCAAUCAAGCAUUUGACUGGCCUUACUCUGCUCAAUCUCAGAGACUGCAAGAAUCUUCUGAGCCUCCCAGACGUCCUUUGUGCUAGUUUGAGAUCACUUCAAGUUCUCAACCUGUCAGGGUGUUCGAAUCUCGACAAGCUGCCAGAGAACUUAGGGAGUUUAGAAUGUUUACAGGAGCUUGAUGCAAGCAGGACAGCUAUACAAGAGCGCUACCAACAUCAAUCAAGCAUUUGACCAGCCUUACCCUCUCUAAGCUGAAAGACUGCAAGAACCUUUUGGGUCUUCCAGACGUCAUUUGCACUGUUUUGACAUCACUUCAAAUUCUCAACGUCUCAGGGUGUUCAAAUCUUAACGAGUUACCCGAGAACUUGGGGAGUUUAGAAUGUUUACAGGUGCUUGAUGCUAGCGGCACUGCUACAAGCCAAACCUGAAAGCAUCUCUCAACUUUGUCAGCUUGAAGAACUUGCAUUGAAUGAUUGUAGCAAGCUUCAAUCAUUGCCACGGCUUCCAUUUAGUAUAAGAGCCGUAAGUGUACAUAAUUGUCCUCUGCUGCCGGAAGCACAUUCAAAUAAGACAACGGUGUGGCCUUCAGCUGCUGCCGGAUUUGGUUUUCUAAA